AAAAGAAGAUGAGAGGAAAUGAGACAUAAAAUUAUUAGAAUGUGAGAAUGAAGACUUUUAAUUUUAGAACACAAAUAAAGUCAUACUCGUAUUUGCUAGAAAAUUGACCAAUACUAAAUUAGUCUAUUCAAUUGUAAUUUCAGGGAAGACUAAUUUGAUCGGCGGCUAAUUCACAUCUACCCAGAAAUUCUUUGGAAAUUUAUUCCCUUUUCUUCAAAUUAAACCCCAUUGACGCUUUUGUCAACUUUACGCCUAACUUCUUGACACAUAAAAAAACCCCCCCAUUUUCAGUUUCUUCUACUAUUAAUCACUGUUAAUUUAGCUCAUUAACACCCAUUUUCAAGUAUUUUGAGCUGUUAUUUUUUCAAAAUUUUUGGGGUUGAAAUAACCCAAAUGAUGAAGAAUCGAGGUAGUGGUAAAAUCUCUACAAAAUGGAUUCCAUUUUUUUGCAUCUCUUUCUUCUUCAUGGGAAUGCUCUUUACUAACAGGUUGUGGGAACCACCAGAAUCUGAUAAUAAGCUGAUUUCAAGCCAUCAGCGGAAUGAAGAGCUCAAAGUGAUUUGUGAAGAUUGUGGGACGAAAAAGAAACCUAGAGAAGAUAAAGAUGUAAUGGAUGAAGUACAAAAAACCCAUGAUUCAAUCAAAAUGCUUAGGUCUUUGGACAAGUCAAUUUCAAUGCUUCAAAUGGAAUUAGCUGCUUCAAGAAGCUCUAAUGAGCUAAUUCACCCUAGAGAGUCUGUAGGGGUCACAACUCAAAAUGGGAAACCUAAGAAAAAGGCUUUUGUUGUAAUUGGAGUUAAUACUGCUUUUAGUAGUAGAAGGCGCCGUGAUUCGGUGAGGGAGACUUGGAUGCCUCAAGGAGAAAAACUGCGAAAGUUAGAAAAAGAUAAAGGGAUUGUGAUACGAUUUAUGAUUGGUCACAGUGCUACAUCAAACAGCAUAUUAGAUCGAGCUAUUGAUUCAGAGGAGGCUCAACAUAAUGACUUUCUUAGGCUGGAGCAUAUUGAAGGAUAUCAUGAACUGUCUGCAAAAACAAAGAUAUUCUUUACCACAGCAGUUGCGAAGUGGGAUGCUGAUUUUUAUGUCAAGGUGGAUGACGAUGUCCACUUAAAUUUAGGAGUUUUUGCAUCAACUCUUGCUCAUUAUCGAUCAAAACCAAGAGUGUAUAUUGGUUGUAUGAAAUCUGGUCCCGUUCUCGCUGAAAAGAAUGUUAAAUACCAUGAGCCAGAAUUCUGGAAAUUCGGGGAAGAAGGAAACAAGUAUUUUCGCCAUGCAACUGGACAGAUCUAUGCCAUCUCCAAGGAUUUGGCAACAUAUAUUUCAAUUAAUCAGCCUAUACUGCACAAAUUUGCAAAUGAAGAUGUGUCCCUUGGUUCAUGGUUUAUUGGUCUUGAUGUGGAACAUAUUGAUGAGCGUAGCAUGUGCUGUGGAACUCCUCCAGACUGUGAAUGGAAGGCGCAAGCAGGUAAUGUCUGUGUAGCAUCAUUUGAUUGGAGCUGCAGUGGAAUUUGCCAAUCAGUAGAGAAGAUGAAAUUUGUCCAUGAAAAAUGCGGUGAAGGAGAUGAAGGGAUUUGGGGUGUCUCAUUGUAAUGAAAACUACUACUUAAUUUCAAGCAAGGGCCAAGAUUACCAUUCUGGAGUUUUGAGAUAUGGAUAGAAUAGUAUGUGUUACCAGAGUGGCAGAGACGAGUUAGAUUUGGGCAUGAAGCUUGAACAAGGAUUUGGCUCACCUUGUACAAUGGAUGGAUAACAGAUUUCUGGAAGACCUACACCUUGUCUAUCUAGGGUGUUGAAUGUGCACGGAUAUGUACAACACGUAAUUGCUGACAUGUAAUUGUUUCCUCGAGUGUAAAACAGUUUUGGUUAUCUGUAUAGGCAGGGGUAUUUAGGCAUUGCUAUAUUUAGCAUGUUGUUUCUCUUUUAAAACGCCCCAUAUAGGCAAACUACAUGUCUGUUUACUUGAUAUUCUUAAGCUUAUCCUGCGUUGUAAUUGAAUUUAUUGAUGAUGAAAUUUUCUAAUCUAAUGGUUUGGUAGUUUACUAUGUCA